AUGGGUCGUACUGGUACGAAGGUGAAGAAAGGAGAACUAGGGAAUGCUUUACUUCGUACACAAAAGAAAACAUCACGUGUAAACACAAAAGAUGUUGCAUCUAGUGCUGGUAAACACGUAUCUGAACGUGACGGUGGAGACGCUUCUGUGGCACUGGCGUCAUAUCUCGAAGGCUCAUCCUUAGAUGAUUUUCUUGCUAGUGCCGUGUUGGCUAAUCGUGAAUUUACAGCCAUAAAGGAAAACAUUUUACUCAUGGACGAAGCAGAUACAGGACCGCAAGUUAUUGAAUCAAAAGAAAAGAACGUGGUGCCCGAGAUGACCUUUGCAGAAAUGAAAGUACCACGUCGUCCUGAAUGGAGUACGUCAACAACGGCUGAGGAACUGAAUCAAAUGGAAAAGGAGAGCUUUCUCAAGUGGCGUCGCGAUAUUGCCUUAUUGGAGGCUUCGUCUGAUCACUUGGAGGUAACUCCGUUUGAAAAGAACUUGGAAGUGUGGCGACAAUUGUGGCAUGUUCGCGAGCGGAGUGAUAUCAUGGUGCAAAUCGUAGAUGCUCGAAACCCACUAUUCUUUCGAUCGACGGACCUAGACGCGUAUGCAAAGGAAGGUGAUAUGCUUAGACGGACACUUUUGAUUGUCAAUAAGGCCGACUUUUUGGAUGAACGCCAACGAAUGGCUUGGGGAGAUCACUUCAAAGCGGAAAACAUAGAUUUUGUCUUCUUCUCGGCCAAGGAGGCUCAGGACGAAAUUGAUAAGGAAGCUAAAAAGUUGCGACAGGAGCAGAGAAAUGCCGAAAGUCACGACCAAUACGACAAAGUGAAGCCGGCAGAAGCAUUACAGCUUGCGAAAGAAAAGGUUAAUACCAACGAAGAGACCAACCUGCAUCCGGUAUUGUCGCGUGUCGAUCUGCUGGAAUAUAUGACCAAAAUUGCUUCGGAGGUGCUGGACGAGGUAGGCGUGCGAGUGAAGGACAAUGGUUUGAUCAAGUUUGGUAUGGUAGGAUUUCCCAAUGUUGGAAAGAGUUCCGUGAUAAAUGCACUGCUGGGUGCGUCGACGUACUCCCACAAGACUCAGCGUGUUGCUGUCGGUGCUACCCCUGGAAAGACUAAACACUUUCAGACUAUGAUUCUGUCCGAUAAAAUCAUGCUGUGCGAUUGCCCUGGUCUCGUGUUCCCAAGUUUUGUCAACUCGAAGGCUGAGAUGUACUGUUGCGGUGUACUGCCUAUCUCGCAGCUUCGUGACCAUAUCUCACCGUGCCAACUCCUGUGUCAUCGUAUUCCAAAGCGAGUGUUUGAACGAACGUACGGAAUCAAGAUUCCUUCUUCCAAGACAGCAAAAGAAACCGACCCCGUUGGUAUUUAUGCGCUUCUAGAGUCUUAUGCCCGCAACCGCGGCUAUACGACGACUGGCAAAGGAGGCCCUGACACCUCGCGGGCAGCACGCGACAUCUUGCGGCACUAUGUAAACGGUCGACUGCUGUAUUGCCACCCUACACCGAAUAUCUCGGACCCCACUAUCUUUGACAUCCAUGAGCUUGCUAAGGCUCAGUUUCCUGAUAUUGCGGAGCCAAUUGUCCCAGAAAGCAGUGGCAAUGGUGCCGACGAGGAAGCUAGUCUUUCGGCAAAUGCAGAGAAGGAGGGCCUGAAUUUUGAUACCAACGUCGAAGACAAACACGUCGUAAGCAAGCGACUGAAGAAGCACGGUCGUAAAGGACGCAAGGGACGUGAUAAGAACCCGUAUGAAGACUCGGACUUGCCUGGUGGUGCUUCCGGUGUUCACAUUAACUCGGGCGGCAAGAAGAGAAACCACAGACCAUGA